UCCCUUUCCCCCUUCCUUGUUGUCACACAGUUCUCUCAAAUUCCUCUCUAUAAACUCAAAACUCUCUCAUAAUUCUUAUCAUCUCUUCUAUCUUUCUCCUCUACCUCUCUGGGUGCAUUCCUUCAUUCUUUUUAUCAAUCAUUCAUCAUCAUAUUCUAUAACUAAAUUCUUUCACCCCGAUAAAGACUGUUAAUCAAAUUUGUAUUUUUAAGUGUUGACUACUGUUUGAAUGCUCAUUUUUUGUUAAAAAGAAAAAGAAAAAAGAAAAACAAUUGAAAACAAUUCCCGGUUACAUGGCGGGAGGUGGAGGGACAGGUCGGUCGUUAGAGCAAACGCCGACAUGGGCAGUUGCAGUGGUGUGUUUUGCGUUGGUUUUGAUAUCUAUCAUAAUUGAACAUAUCAUCCACCUCAUUGGAAAGUGGUUUCAAAGAAAACAUAAAAAAGCUCUAUAUGAAGCAUUCGAGAAGAUCAAAUCUGAGCUAAUGUUGCUAGGGUUCUUAUCAUUGCUGCUGACAGUGGGACAAGGGCCCAUUUCAAAGAUUUGCAUACCCAAGAGUGUUGCUGCUACAUGGCAUCCAUGUAGUGGUGAAGAAGAAACUAGAUUGAACAACAACGGUGGCGACAAAACAACAUCUAGUAACGCCGACGACAAUGAAUCAGAAGACGUGGUGGCUACAUUGGGACGAAAACUUCUCUCUAAUAUUUCAAGAUUAUCAUCAAAUUCAACUCCUAGUCAUCGGCGUGUCUUAGCCGGAGGAAGCACCGAUGUAUGCGCAGCAAAGGGUAAGGUACCAUUUGUAUCAUCGGAUGGUAUUCAUCAGCUACACAUCUUCAUUUCCGUUUUAGCCAUUUCUCACGUUCUUUACUGUAUUCUCACCAUGGCUUUGGGAAGGCUCAAGAUGAGACGGUGGAAAUCAUGGGAAAAAGAGACAAGAACAAUUGAAUACGAAUUCACCCAAGAUCCUGAGAGGUUUAGGUUUGCGAGAGAUACAUCAUUCGGAAGAAGGCACUUGAAUUUCUGGAGUAAAUCACCUGUUCUCAUCUGGGUGGUUUGCUUUUUCAGACAAUUUGUUAGGUCAGUACCUAAAGUGGAUUAUUUGACCCUUCGACACGGUUUCAUUAUGGCUCAUUUGUCACCCCAAAGUUCAACCAAGUUUAAUUUUCAGAAGUACAUAAAUAGAUCACUUGAAGAAGAUUUCAAAGUAGUCGUCGGAAUCAGCCCACCAAUUUGGUUCUUUGCUGUUUUGUUUCUGCUAUUCAACACCCACGGAUGGUUUUCUUAUCUAUGGCUACCCUUUAUCCCAUUCAUUAUUAUUUUGCUAGUAGGAACAAAGUUACAAGUGAUUAUAACAAGAAUGGGGUUAAGGAUACAAGAGAAAAGUGACAUUGUGAGAGGAGUACCUGUUGUUCAACCAGCCGAUGACCUCUUCUGGUUUAGUCGCCCACGUCUCAUUCUCUACUUAAUCCAUUUCGUUCUAUUUCAGAAUGCCUUUCAGCUGGCGUUUUUCGUAUGGACUUGGUGGGAAUUUGGAUUGAAAUCUUGUUUCCAUGAACAUAUAGAGGAUGUUGUCAUCAGAAUCUCAAUGGGGGUGUUGAUACAAAUCUUGUGUAGUUACGUUACUCUACCACUCUAUGCAUUGGUUACUCAGAUGGGUUCAAGCAUGAAAUCUACUAUUUUCAAUGACAGUAUAGCAACAGCUCUAAGGAAAUGGCAUCAUACAGCUAAAAAACAAAUUAAACAAAACCAACGAUCACGAACAGUAACGCCAAUGUCGAGUAGGCCAGGAACGCCAACGCACGGAACGUCACCGAUUCAUCUCUUACGCUAUUACCGUCAAGAAGCUGAUAGUAGUCUCCAAACAUCUCCAAGGUUAUCAAAUAUUGACAACGAAAAUUGGGAUAGCGAAGGUUCACCGUCUCCAAUGCACCAACAUGAGUACCAGCUUGAUAGCCCUUCGUCUCACAAACAUCAUUUCCGAUCCAACCUUGUUGGUCCAACCGAAGAAGAAGUGAAAGAGUUUCAGGAUUUGACUUUGUCGGAUUUGUCUCCACCGUCUGCUCCUCCGGCUACUUCUAGAGGUCAACAUGAAAUCGAUGUGGAAAGUAGCCGGCCAAAACCAAUUAUGAUUGGUUCCAAAGAUUUCUCAUUUGACAAAAGAUGAUCAAAGAGUAGUUAUUUUUGCAGCUCUUCUGAAAGGUGCACCAAUCUCGGUUUUAAAAUUAUUGUUUGUAAAAUUAUUCAUGUACAGUAGGAAGUAUAUUACCAUUGAAUUGAUCAUGCACAUUUACUGAGUAUACAGAGUUAAAAAUCCGAUAUGUUCAUUUA